CCCGGGGACUCGAGGCUCCGCCCCCUACGGAGACUUGGGGGCACUCAGGCUUGGGGUGACCGGACCCGCUGGCGAUCAGGGGAUGGACGCGGUGCGGAGAAGCGCGCGGGGCCGCGCAGAGAGCCCACCCGACAGGAAGGUCUACAUGGAUUACAACGCCACCACACCUCUGGAGCCCGCAGUCAUCCAGGCUGUGACCGAGGCCAUGAGGGAAGCCUGGGGCAACCCCAGCAGCUCCUAUGUGGCAGGUAGGAAGGCCAAGGACAUUAUAAACACAGCUCGGGCAAGCCUGGCCAAGAUGAUAGGAGGGAAGCCUCAGGACAUCGUCUUCACUUCCGGGGGCACCGAGUCAAAUAAUCUGGUCAUCCACUCCAUGGUGAGAUACUUCCAUGAACAGCAGACCCUGCAGGGGCACGUGAUUGACCAGCACAGCCCUGAGGAGGGGGCCAGGCCCCAUUUUAUCACUUGCACCGUGGAACAUGACUCGGUCCGGCUGCCCCUGGAGCACCUGAUGGAAGAACAAGCGGCAGAGGUCACUUUUGUCCCGGUGUCCAAGGUGAACGGGCAGGCAGAGGUUGAGGAUGUCCUGGCGGCUGUCCGCCCCACCACGUGCCUCGUGACCAUCAUGCUGGCCAAUAACGAGACCGGCGUCAUCAUGCCUGUCCCCGAGAUCAGUCGGCGUAUUAAGGCCCUGAACCAGAGCCGGGCUGCCUCCGGCCUGCCCCAGAUCCUCGUGCACACAGACGCUGCCCAGGCACUGGGAAAGAGGCGGGUGGAUGUAGAGGACCUGGGUGUGGACUUCCUGACCAUCGUGGGACACAAGUUCUACGGCCCCAGGAUUGGUGCUCUGUAUGUACGAGGGGUCGGUAAACUUACCCCCCUGUACCCCAUGCUGUUUGGAGGUGGACAAGAGCGGAAUUUCAGGCCAGGGACUGAGAACACGCCCAUGAUUGCUGGCCUGGGAAAGGCUGCUGAGCUGGUGACUGAAAACUGUGAGGCGUAUGAGGCCCACAUGAGAGACAUCCGAGACUACCUGGAGGAGAGACUGGAGGCUGAAUUUGGGAAGAGAAUCCAUCUGAACAGCCGGUUUCCAGGGGUGGAGAGACUUCCCAACACCUGCAACUUUUCCAUCCAGGGGUCCAAGCUCCAAGGGUACAUGGUGCUUGCACAGUGCCAGACAUUGCUGGCCAGUGUGGGAGCUUCAUGCCACUCAGAUCAUGAAGACCGGCCGUCCCCCGUGCUGCUGAGCUGCGGCAUCCCCGUGGACGUGGCCCGGAAUGCGCUCCGGCUCAGUGUGGGCCGCGGUACCACCAGGGCCGACGUGGACGUCAUCGUGCAGGACCUGAAGCAGGCCGUGGCCCAGCUGGAGGGCUAGGGCUAGCUGGGGCUAGCUGGGGCUAGCUGGGGCUAGCCGCCACUCUUUCUCUCGGUGGCCGGCUGAACUUUGGCCACUCACUGAUCCAUAGGAAACCCCCUGUGAAAGUACCCGGCCCCUAAGCUGUCCCCGCUGAGACGACUGUCUUACUCUGGGGUACAGAGGGAUGAGGGCUGCCUGUCACACAGAAUCCCACUCAGCCCCAUCCUUACAGGCUCAGGGCACCAGUGCCACAUAGGACUUCCCCGGUCACCUUCUGCCAAAGGCUGUGUGGGAAUGGGAGUGUUGCAGGUAUGGGCCAGCCUGUCAGGAGCACCUGAUAAAUGAAGACAAAACCCAGUCUUUGUCCCCUGUCACCUAGCUGCUACUGUGAAAAUAGGAAACAAGGUUUUGUCUUCACCCCUGGCCUCCCAUGUGCCCCUGCAGAGCCUCCCCCCGCCGAAUGCAGCCCUGCCUCCCUCUGCUGACCUCAGCGUCCCACUGCCCUCCUGUCCCCCUGGCCCGAUGGUCCCUCAGAUGAGGCCUCAGGCCUGGCAGGCCCUUCCUUCUUCCUGGAGGUCAGAGUUCACCCUGCCAUGUGUCUUCUCCCUCCCUUCUACUCAGGGAUUCAACUCCAGUGUGGCUGACGGGAGGCUGCUGUCUGUCCUUAGUCUUUGCCAAAGUGGGAAACCUGAUCACUUCUCACACGGCUUUAAUUUUAAUUUUCUUUGCAAAGGUUUCUGUGAUCUUGAGGAUGUGUGGCACACGUCCCAAUAUUUAUAUAGGCAUGCCUUCUUGAAGAAUGUGUUCAGUGUCUGGGUCUAUGGGCCAAAGGAUGACAGGACAUGUGGAAACAAUUAUCAGAAAUUAAAUGAACUAAUAAAAGAUUCUGCAGUUGCUGAGA